UUUAUGGUCUCCGCUGAAGAACUGUGACCUCGGAAGCGAUGGCGGGCGACGGCAGCGUGUCGAGUCGCCGUGAAAAGAAGCAGAAGAAGGAACACAAGAAACGUCAUCGCCACUACUCCGACUCUGACAGCGAGUCCGAGACACGUGCCGAGCGUAAGGCGCGCAAGAAAUCUGCUAAGAUGCUAGCGAGCUUAGGCUACUCGGACGAGACGAACCCAUUCGGGGACUCGAGUCUGAGCCAGCCUUUCGUAUGGGGCAAGAAGUAUGAGGGUAAAGGCAAAGAAAAACCCACGACCAGGGAGCUCAAGAAGCAGCAGCUACGACGUGUAGACGAUAUCCGCAAAGCCCGACAACGCCGCGAGGAACGCGAGGCCGAGCGGGAGGAGAUGGAGCGGCUGAAGAGCGAAGAGAUGCGUCUCAAAGACGCUGAGCAGUACGAAGACUGGCAACAAAAGGAGGAGCAAUUCCAUCUUAAGCAGGCCAAAGUGCGCAGCCAGCUACGGAUUCGGGCCAACCGGGAGAAACCCGUGGAUCUACUGGCUAAGAACUUGCUCUUAGUAUCGGCCAAACAUGGCGCGGACGAUGAAGACGACUUUUUCAAGAAGGAAAUCGGACACAUUAGAGUGGAGCACAGACGUCCUCACGCCGUUGUAGAGGUGUUGUCAAUGGACGAGCUUAAGGAGCUGCAGGAGGAUGUUCGUACCUAUGAAGAGCUGGAGGAGAGCGGCAAUGGAGGACAUAACGCCGAGUUCUGGAAGCUGAUGAAACUCGUGUGUGAAGAUCGGAUUCGACGCUUGAAGAGGUCGCAGAGUGAAGGACAAGCAGGUAGAGGAGCGAUCCAUGACUCGGUGAAUGAGACCAUUGAGGAGAUGCUGGGCGGUAAGGAUAAGCAGGAGUUGAUCAAGUUGCAAGGUGAAGUGAAGGAGACUAUUGCUAGUGCUUCGAAUGGAGCGACAGGGGUGGAUGUCGACUUCUGGGAGGAAGUAGCGCAGCAGAUCCAGGUGUAUCAAGCUCGUGCGAGGCUCACUGAGCUGCACGAAGAUAUGCUGACCAAGCUGGCUGAUCUAAUGGAAGAGCACGAGAGGCGCACGGCCGAGGAGGCUGCGGCUCGUGCAGCCGAAGACGCGAAACACGGCAUAGUAGAUGAAAACGGUCGUGAUGCGGGGCGUGAGGCACGUGAAAUGGAGAAGGAAUUUGCUCGCAAAGGUCUUGAGGAAGAGGAAGAGAGGCUCGGCGCGUCGGAAGAAGUGGUGCUGGCUGACUCAAAGACAGCUCCGCGCUGGAGCGAAAAGUACCAGCCGCGUAAACCUCGCUAUUUCAACCGCGUCAAGACGGGCUACGACUGGAACAAGUACAACCAGACGCACUACGACCGGGAUAACCCGCCGCCAAAGUCUGUGCAGGGCUACAAGUUCGAUCUCUUUUACCCUGACCUCAUCGACAAGCAAACAGCGCCGCGUUUCUUCUUGGAGAAGACCAACUCGGACGAGUUCUGCAUCAUUCGCUUCUCUGCUGGCCCACCAUAUCAGGAUAUUGCUUUCAAGAUCGUCAACCGCGAGUGGGAACACUCGCACAAACGCGGCUUCAAGAGCGUGUUCGAGCGCGGAGUUCUUCAUCUCUAUUUCAAUUUCAAGCGCCACAGAUACCGUCGGUAG